AUGGCGCCCAAUCUGAGCCUCAAGCAGCGGCUAACAGCCCUAUCCUUGGCUGCUUCGUCGCCGACAUCACCCAACAUGCCCGACUCCCCUCGUUCACCGACAUUCAGGAGAAAGCCAUUCAAUUUUAAUCCGCCGUGGGUGAAACGGGCCCAGGAAUCAACCUCUAACGGUGGUUAUGGAGAGUCUGAGAUGGUGCAGGAAGUGUUGUCUAAGAUGAUAUUUCAGGCCGGUGUUGACUUUGAGACGCGACCCAUGGUUGUCCUCAAUGCUUCUGUUCUCCCUGACCCACAAGCGGUCUCUUAUGACCUUUUACUCUCCCGAAUCCUCUCCUACUUGAACCUAUAUGUCGAGGCCGACUACACUGUGAUCUUCUUUGCAGCAGGAGGAAGACAUACGCCAGGAUGGAAUUGGGUCUGGAAAGCUUAUCGCAGCCUGAGUCGCAAGUACCGCAAAAAUCUGAAGCAGCUGUACAUCGUGCAUUCCUCAUUUUUUUCGAAAAUGCUCUUCUCUCUGGCUGGCGCGAUAAUAAGCCCGAAAUUCUUCCGGAAACUCAGCUACAUCGCAACGUUAUCGGAACUUGCCCAACGCGUACCUCUUACGCAGAUUGAUAUCCCACCAACGGUAUACCAGGAAAAUCUCAAGUAUGAACGCAAGAUAACCCUCCCUGUCCCAAACCGGUCCAGUAUCUUUGGGGUACCUUUAGAGGAAUUGAUGGGUUUUUAUGGCGAGAAGAAUGGCAUUCCAAGGGUCGUGAGGGACUCGAUUUUAUUUUUGCGGGAAAGGGGACUGGCGGAAGAAGGAUUGUUCCGACGAUCACCUUCUUCAGUGAUGUUAAGAGCUGCGCAAGACGCUUAUGACCGUGGAAAUGUUGUCUCUUUAGAAAACUUUGGUGACCCUCAUCUGGCCGCGGUGCUCUUGAAAAAGUAUCUCCGCGAUUUACCGGAACCAGUAUUUCCUGAACGUCUCUACCCACUAAUACGCCGGUGUCCGUCACCGACGAAUGACCCCUCAGACAUGACCAGCGUAACAUACAUACGUGAGGUGUUGUUUCCAGAACUACCACCUUGCGUAUACAUUCUUCUCAGUCAUGUUCUGCAUCUGAUGCACGACGUUUCCGUGCGUAGUGCGUCAAAUCGCAUGGACGAGCACAACCUUGUCGUCGUUAUCUGCCCCAAUCUCGUCAAAGGCGCGAACCCUGCCCGGGACGUGAUGAUGUGUGCCGUCUCUGGUCUUCCUUCAUUGUUUGAGUCAAAAUCCACCGGUAUGAAUUCAGAUCCCAUUUCCGAGGGCAGGACAACAUUGGGCAUGGUCAUUGUUCUCUGUAUCAGGCGUUACUAUGAGGUGUUUGACGAAACCCCCGACCGAACUGAGGCUAUCCUGCCUCAACGUCGGAUACCGGACGAAAACGAAGCCUCCUCAUCUAGGUCGUCGGGCUCAGCAUCACCCAGUCAUAUAUUCCAUGACGAAGACGAUGACAUCGAUGACGCGAUGUUGGUCAUGCCUCUUGGUCCAAGCCACUCCAGCAACGGCUCUGUGCAACACACCCAUUCUCCGCCAAGUGCGUGGACCUCCAGCAAUGGCGUCUCUGGCACGUCGACCCCGCGAUCCAUGCACACCAUCCGGGGCGAAAAUGGGCACAGCGGCUUGAACGCUAGCUACCAGUUUCCAACCAAUGGAAAGGCCAAGUCGAUGAUCAGCAUUGAGAAGGCUGGGACGGUGGGUGGAGGGCGGAAAGGGUCAAUAUCUGUUGGUCGGGGAACGACCAGGAAGUCAAGUGGGGCUGGCGUUGAGGCACUCGGCGUAACUGCGGAAGGGUUUUUCAGUGCGCCUAGUGAUGCUCCGCCGCUACCUUCAAGAGACAGGAGGUGGAAUGGAGAUGUAUCGUGA